AUUCUCUCUCCUCGUUUGCAAAUUCUUGUUUUGAUUCCAAUUUCUCAUUCUUUUGUCCAUAAAUCUUCUCCUUUUUCAACAAACCAUUAUUCAUUUCCACUCUCUCUCUCUCUCUCUCUCUCUCUCUCUAACUCUUUUCUGGGCCAAAUUCUCUCACCCAAAUGAAGAAGUUCAUAUUGAAAUUGGAAUUGCAUGACAAUAAAGACAAGAGAAAAGCAUUGAAGAUUGUCUCUGCUCUCUCAGGGAUUGAUGCAGUCACCGUAAACAUGAAGGACCAUACUAUAAUAGUCGUUGGAACUGUCGAUCCAAUCAAUGUUGCUAGCAAAUUGCGCAAGUUUUGGACAACUGAUAUAGUAUCAGUGGGCCCUGCAAAAGAACCAGAGAAGAAAGAGGAAGCAAAGAAGGACGACGGUAAGAAAGAGGAGGCAAAGAAGGACGACGGCAAGAAAGAGGAGGGAAAGAAAGAAGAAGAUAAAAAGGACGAGGGAAAGAAGGAAGAUGACAAGAAAGAUUCAAAGGAGGACGCCAAGAAAAACGAAGGUGAUAAGGGAGAAGAGAAGAAGAAGCUGGCACUACCACAACCAAUGCCGGGGAUGUAUAUGCCACGACCGUAUUACCCUCCAAUACACACCUAUUACAACAAUUAUCAACAAUAUCAACCGUAUCAACAGUAUCAACCAUAUCAACAAUAUCCAGUACCUUAUCAACAAUAUCCAGUAUCUUAUCAACAACGUCAUCACAGUGUAGAGGAGAAUCCAAACGGGUGUGUUAUUUCUUAAAAUUCUCACAUCCAACAAUAAUUUCCAGACCUACACAAUUUUGAUGAGGGAUGGUCUCUUCAUAAUCACAACACUCGUUAAUAUGCAUUUACCUUGAUGCACAAGUUAAGCCAAGGCGUAAAAACUUUUACUAUUAUAUUAUUGUUAUUUUCUGUUGUAUAAAAAGAAUGGAACUUUAUUUGGUGGGAACAUACUAGAAAUUUUGAUCCUUAUGUUUAAUAAUGUAUGAUGUAAAGAUGUAAAUAAAUUAUGUUUGAACCUAUGAUUACUGUC